AUGGAUGGAAACAAAACUUUUCCCAGUGACUUCACCUUCGUGGGGCUCUUUACUCACAACAAAGCCUCAGGAUUCCUUUUCAGUGUUAUCUGUGCCACAUUCUUCAUGGCCAUAAUGGCUAAUGGGGUCAUGAUCUUUCUCAUUCACAUAGAUCCUCACCUCCACACCCCCAUGUAUUUCCUCCUCAGCCACCUCUCCUUCAUCGACAUGAUGUAUAUCUCCACUAUUGUGCCUAAGAUAUUGAUUGAUUACCUUGUGGGCAAAGGGACCAUCUCCUUUGCUGCCUGUACAGCGCAGUACUUUCUCUACAUGGGCUUUGUAGGGGCUGAGUUCUUCCUGCUGGGACUUAUGGCCUAUGACCGAUACGUGGCCAUCUGCAACCCACUCCGUUAUCCUGUCCUCAUGAGUCGGAGGGUCUGCUGGUUUAUUUUGACCAGCUCUUGGUUUGGUGGUGCUUUGGACAGUUUUCUCCUCACUCCCAUCACCAUGAGUCUCCCAUUCUGUGCAUCCCACAAGAUCAACCACUUUUUCUGUGAGGCUCCCACAAUGCUGAGGCUGGCCUGUGGUGACAAAGCCAUAUAUGAAAUGGUGAUGUACAUCUGCUGUGUCGUGAUGCUGUUGGUCCCCUUCUCUGUGGUGAUCACAAGCUAUUGUCAAAUAAUUGUAGAAGUUUAG